GGACUCCCUCCCCUCACCUCAACCCCUCUCUCUCUCUCUCUCUCUCUCGCUCUCUCGCUUUAAUAAAUAACGAAAUCCUUUUUGUAAUUUGUUUCCUUUUUCCUAGCGUGAUCCUUCAUUUCGCCAUGGCGACGAGGAGGCGCACCUUGCUCAAAGUCAUCGUCCUCGGCGAGAGUGGUGUGGGAAAGACGUCGCUGAUGAAUCAAUAUGUACAUAAGAAGUUCAGCCAACAAUACAAAGCUACCAUAGGUGCUGAUUUUGUCACAAAGGAAAUUUUGGUCGACGAUCGACUUGUAACCUUGCAAAUCUGGGAUACAGCAGGACAGGAAAGGUUUCAGAGUCUUGGUGUUGCAUUCUACAGAGGGGCGGAUUGUUGUGUGCUUGUUUAUGAUGUCAACGUGCUCAGGUCUUUUGACACCCUUAACAACUGGCAUGAGGAGUUUCUUAACCAGGCUAGCCCUUCAGAUCCUAAAAAUUUUCCAUUUAUCUUACUUGGAAACAAGGUUGAUGUAGAUGGUGGGAACAGCAGAGUGGUUUCUGAGAAGAAAGCGAAAGAAUGGUGUGCUAACAAGGGCAACAUUCCUUAUUUUGAAACAUCUGCUAAAGAAGAUUACAACGUAGAUGCUGCCUUUCUUUGUGUUGCUAAGCUUGCUUUGGAACAUGAGCGUGAUCAGGACAUAUACUUCCAGACUGUUCCGGACCCUGCCUCAGACACACAGCAGAGGAGCGGUUGCGCCUGCUAGGAGUUGGCGCCUUCUGAACUCUCUCACCCUCUUUUUAUCUGUUGAUUCAUUGGGACAUUCAAUUUUUUUCAAUGAUGACCAAAUGUUGUCGAUAGAUAGCACAUGUACACUAUGCAUUCCCUUCAUCUCACCGACUUUUCUUUGGCGUUUGAGAAGAUAAAAUAACUCGUGGGAUGAAGUUUGGUAUGUGGCGAACUUCUAGUCCGGCGCACAUGUUUGACCUUGUGGGGCGAUUUCAGCGGCUACUUUUCCUAUGGCCAAAUUCUUGUGGGAAGUAUGAUGUCUUUUCUCUUCUUCUCUUAUUUAGUAGGUCCGUAUCUUCUAGUUCUGUAUUCGGCAACAGUUGACGUUUCUGAUGGAGGUCACAGCAGUGUAAUUUUGGAGCUGGUUGUGGUUCUUUCGACCAGUCAUGUUCCUGUUCGUAAGUUACUAACCUUGAUGUCUUGUGCUUUUCGGUA